GAGCGUCACUGUGAAUGAUGUGACCCUAUUUUACUAUAACAGCAACAUGAAGUCGACAGCUCCAUGUCCCGAAUGGCUCAACACUACAGCUGGUCAGCAACUCUGGAAAGAGGCCAGUUUUUUUAUCACACCACAACAUGGCAAAUAUGGAUUUAGCACUCCAAACAGCUAUAUCACAGUUCAACCUCACAGGUUCACAUGCGGACAUUAACGUUUACCAAGCCUACAGUCGCUGUGACCUCUAUCCAGAUGGCACCACCAAGUCAUCGUUAAUCCAUGCCUUCAAUGGGAAGGACUUCUUAAGUUUAGAUAUUGACAGUAAGACGUUCAUCGCUUCUGUUCCUCAAGCGCUCAUAUAUAAAAGUAUUAGGGACAAGGAUAUAAUCUGGCUUGAAAUCGUGGUGUCUUACUACAAAAAGACCUGUUUUGACCGCCUUAGGAUGUUGUUAGAGCUUGCUCCUGGUGUCAGAAAUAAGAAAGCUCCAAAGGUCAGGCUUUUCGAGAGGCAGGGCGCUGGUUUCACGCUCCUCACGUGUCAUGUGACUGGGUUUUACCCCAGAGCAGUGCAGGUGAAGUGGAUUGGGGCAGAUUUACAGCUGGUGGAUGACGAGAUGAAUGAUGUGCUGCCUAAUGGUGAUGGCACGUUUCAGACCAGAAGCAGUGUGAUCAGACCUGAGGAGAACACAGGAGAUCAGCGCUACAGCUGUGUAGUGCAUCACAGCAGCCUAGAGGGAAAUAUUACAGUCACCUGGGAAGCACUGAAAUCAGCGGAGAGCUGGACCCAGGCAUCUUCUUUCUAUUUAAUUGUCAUGUUAUCUGUCCUUUUGUCUUCGAUUUUUGUUCCAUAUUGCUCCAUUAAUUGAUUUAAUAAAUGUCUCAUGGCUUGUAAAAUCUGAGCUUCUAACACACUGCGCCAUUUUCUCAGUGUCUCUGUUAUGUGAUUGAGCGGUCAAUAACGGCAGUUGUUUUUGCUUCAUUCACAUUAUAAAGUUCACGAGCCCUUUGUAGUCACUCAAGAAAGAAAGAGUUACAAUUGUUGCUGUUUAGUUACACUGGAGAAUUCAGAUAUUGCCAUGUUUAUGAAACGCGCAUGCGCUGUCGCAGUGUGGUCAAAGGUGGAGAACAUGAAUCGUAGAUGGAGGUUUUAAUCACAGGUUAGAGUUCUAAUCCCUGAUUUGUUCAUCUGUGUUUAAAGUGAAGUGGUGCAGCACAACUCGAUUUAAAAUAAAGUCCAGAUCAAGAAAUCCUAGACUGGCUCUAAACUGUGUUUAAAUUAAAUCCUUAUUGGUGCAACACACCCUUAGGUGCCACAUCUUUCCAAAAUAGAAAGUUAUAGAUUUUUUUUUUUUUUUUAAAGUCUGCACAAAAGCAGCACUUACCACAACGCGACUGCUGUAGAUGUAAGAACAAGACUAAAGUAUGAAUAAUCAUUGCUUUGCUCAUGUUUAGGCGAUGUCUCAUAGUUUAAGUAGCCUAGAGAAAGUUGAUCUGCAGGAGAGUUUCUCUAAAAAGAAAAUUACCUGCGCGCUUCCGCGUUCUGAUGAUCUUUUCACUGUAUGUAAAAUCACCUGAGCUAAAUUGAAUAUUAACGACGAGAACUUCAUGAAAAACACGACGCAUAAAGGCUUUCUAUACUAUUUGUGUUUUUAAAACCACAACUUCUAGAUAUUUCUCAAUGCAGAGGAAAUGAUGCAUACCCAUGCAGUUUUCUCUUGGACUGGUUGCUGCUGUUACUCGUGUUUUGAAAGAGUUAUUAAUGGUGUGAAUUUCUCUCAAUGCACUCCAUUACAACCCUCCAUUAUCUAAAUGUAUUAUAUGCACUAUUUAGUUCUGAUAGUUAGUCUGUUUGACUGGUCACUUAAAUGGAAUGGGCUUAAUUCAAACCUCAAUCACUCAAAAACAAACAGGCUUAUAAAUAAUGACAACUUAAACCUCAUGGCAAUUGACAUUUUAAAAAUAUCUUCUGUAAGUGGAAAGUUCAGGAAUAAAAAGUUCUAUUGCUCCAAAAAAAAAAAAAUAAACAAACAAAACAAAAAAACAGAAUAUUAUUGUACUUUAAUAUUUAAAUAGUUGGAAUAUGUUCAUAAAGUAAAUCUGUAGGCUACUAAGCAGUUCUGUGUAAUUAAUUUGAUAGUUAAAGCGGUCCCUGGCUGCAAAACGUUUGAGAGCCCGUGUGUCAGAAUAUCUAUUUAAAUAAAUGUAAGAACGAGGUUUUACAUACUGCAUGGCAAUCAUAACUGCAUUAAUGUGAGUCGGACCCUUGUCCAGUUUCAGUCACGUAGAGAAGAGUCAGACACAUGUCUUACACUCACUACAACUUCUUACUCUACAUCUCUGUUAGAUGAUCGUCAACAUUUAUCUAGGGGACACAUGUCUGUGAGUGAGGUAAGGCUUUAUUUAGUUUAUUGAAGACGUGUAGAAUAGAAACACAUUGAGAACAAGUGGAAAAUACAAAUACGUUAACGCAAUACAUUCUUAAUGGCCUUAAAAUAUCAUCCAUAUGAAGAGAACGACAGAACGAGGAUGUAGCUAAAGAGUUUGAAUCACUGAUUAAAUAUGACAUAUUACCACAGAUGUUGUUUAUAAUCAAAAGCUCUUUAUUGAAAUGGGUAUGACUGAUGAUAAGAAAUAAAACGGAGUACUGAUUUUUGUAGUUCUACUUACAUUGUGCAUCAUCUGCAACACAAACUCCAGACCUGAUGUUAGUGUGAGUUACAUGCUUUAGUGUACUAUGCUGUGUACUCAGUUCUGUGAUGUACUCUGAGGUCAAAAAGG